AUGUGCUCCAACCUAUCGUUUACAGCCGAUCUUUCAGAUUUUGACGAAUAUGGAUCAGGUACCACGGACGCCAACGUGCAAAUAACCGACUAUUGUAAUUCAUUACAAACCGCGCAGACUGAAGUUAUUACACAAUCAUGGAGCGAUGACAUCCACAGUCUUCUGGAUAUUGAUGAGCUACCUCUAGGAUCGUUCAUACUCCCCUCUGUUGACGAAGUAUAUCAGUACUUGAGAAGUUCUACCUCAUGUUUGUCUGCAGUCAAAUGCACCUCUGAUAAUUCUCUGCCUACAUGUCGAACAAAUUCUAAGCCAUCAUCGAUUCUAUCAGUACCAGUUUCUGCCGAUGCUCAUAUAAUAGACUCGACUUCAACGAAAUUAAAACUCGUCUAUCCAAUUGAAGAAACCUAUCGCGGACGUUAUAAAAGUGAUUAUUUUCCCCAAACUGGCUCAGUUCGCCAUCCACGAUAUGUCGCCGAUCGAGAACACAAUCAUCAUAUAACAUUACAAUUGCCAACUGUAUAUCAUUCUGAUUUAGCGAACAAGUAUAUUCGCAUUGCACUGAUUACUGUGUCCGUCGACGGACACGGUCAUUUCUAUAGUCCAUAUAAAUUCCAGAGAGAUCAUACGGAUGUUAACAUUUCUGAUGAAAAUCCGAUAUAUGUCAAAGUGGACACUAAUGCAAAAGAAGCGUUUAUCAUGAGGCUACAACUUGUUUUAAUCAAAUCGAAAUUGGAUCAACUUAAUUACUGUCAACCACUGCAGUGUUUUUCCGCUACCGACAAUACGAAACAGAAUCCGAUUCAUGAAGACAUUUUAUCACCUAAAGACUUAAUCAAUCGAUAUCAACUCGAUAAAUCUCAUAUAGCGUUUACGCUAUGUACACAAAAGUCCGACGGGACUUAUGAGCCUCACCCACAAACAACAAUUAUCUCCACCAUUAUCAGUGAAGUCUCAUCGACGAAAAAGAUUAGCAGUAAAGUUGGGUCGGUAGAAGCUUCUGCUACAACUGUAUCGCCACUAAUCAAUACUGACAAACACUUAUGCUGUCCGAAUUGUUGCUAUCAUUUCGAUGCUGUUUCUAAUUCCACAUCUAACACGAGUAGCAAACGUUCGUUCGACGACGCGAUCUCAUGUUCAAAUGCCAAAACCACAACCAAGACAAGGAAAGUUAGUGAAAAAACCAAUAUGAAUGGAAAUGACUUUAUGUUAAGUACCACGGCCCAAGACAUACGUAUUGAACCAGGUAACAUCGGAUUUUCGUUUGAAGAUUCCUCGUUCAAUACGCUGGAUGGCAGUCAAGGUGGAUGGUGCUUAUCUAAUGAUUUUUUCGACGAUAUUCCCAUAUCGGGCAUCUGCAAUGAACAGAAUUUAACCAACUCGCUUGCUAUUACUGAACCAAGUGAACUAGAACAACUGUUCGUAUCACCGCAAUCCAUAAUCACUGAUUUUGUACCGGAAAUUGAUCAAAACCUGCUUGCUUUACCGAUUGAGGGAGUUUACAUUCCUGAGAAAGCGAAAAAGAAAAGCGACAGUAAAAAAUCAAUAGCGCUUUCAUCAUCCGUGGGUGUGGGUUUUUCUCAACGAUUACCUAUAACAUCCUCUAAAAUCGAGAUCGUUCAUGAUCUGGAAAAAAAAUAUCGACCACGGUACAAAAGUGAUUAUUUCGGACAAAAUGGGAAGAAUCGAAAGCCCAGAUAUGUGGCUGACCGUAUUGGUAAUCAUUUCAUAUCCAUAAAAGUACCUCUCGGACAUCAAGGAGCUGUUCGAAUUGAUUGGGUGACAGUACCCGAUGUGAAUAAUGAUCGUUAUGUGAUGCCAUACAAAUUUCAAGUUAGUAACGACUCGUCGGAAGUCUCGGAUUGUAAUCCAAUAUAUGAGCCAAUUCGAUAUGACAAAGUGGGAAUCAUGAAGAUCUAUCUGGUUUUAAUCAAAGCCAAACAGGAUGCUUUGAAAUCACUUCAACCAUUACAACCAUUUCAUCCAUAUCAAGACAUGCUUGGCCCAUCUGAUAAGCAAAUACCUGGAAAAGGCCAGAAAUUAACACCCAAGCAACUGAUACAAAAGCAUCAGCUUACUAAGUCUCAGUUGGCUUUUACACUAUGCUCAAUAGCUACUGAUGGCCAUACGCCCAUUCCGAGCUGGGAUACAAUGGUCUAUUCAACAGUUUUAGAAGAAGAAGUAGGCGAGAAUACAUCGGUCAAAACAAUAUCUUGUCCGAAAUGUUCAUGCUCGAUUCAGAUGAACGAGGACACUACCCAAUACGCAGAAAUGCCAAUCACGAAAAGAAAAAAGACGGCUGGUAAAGUAGAGACAUCGUCAGGAGUAAAAAGACAAAAAAGUUUACCUGAAGAAAUCCGUUUGGCAUACUGUUCAUAA